GUAUAGGUGUCGAUCAGAAGAGCGAAGCCAGACUCAAAAGGGCGCGGCCGACCAAUCUGCCAAUCGCUGCUGCGUGUGCCGUGGCCUUUGCGCUUCCCUUGCAGCUUGUUUCCGAUUGCGAUACUGCAUUUCAGGCACUGCCUCAUUAAGUGAUACUUCACGCCUUCACGCUGUAGCCCGCUGGGCCGACCUCCGGGACUGUCGCAACUAACUACGGCGUGGUCGCCGCGCUCGCCGCGCUUUGCUGGAUCGCGCCUCAAAGUUUGCAGUUUGAUAAGCAAUAUAGGCACCAGAGACUGCAUCGAACAGGGCGAGGUGGUGGACCAGGAGAGCCUGCACAACGUGUGCGGUGAGUUGGCGGAGCCAACGUAACGCAUGCUGACGCGACGUUUCCGUCCCCGGCCGUAGUUCCAUGGCCGAGGCGGUUGCUGGCGACGAUGGACGCCCAGCGAGUUCGUCGGCCCCUACUCAUAUGUUUAGGGGGUAAAUCAGCCCCGGCCAGCCGCUGAGAAGCAGGCUAGCAGAAGGCGCAGCUGUAGCGCCCGUGCAGCAGUCUGCCGCAGUGCAGCAGUAGCAGCAGCCGGCGCCCGGCCCAGCCGCCCGCACAGCACCGCCGCCGCCGCUGUAUGUACAUCCGCCGCCGCCGCACCACCGCCACCGACACCAUAUCCCUGUGGCGUGCUCUUCGCGCUGCGUCUGUUACCACUACUGCCGCCGCUGCUACCACUGCCGCAGCGCACACAGCGCUGCUGUGUGCCCGCUGUGCCGCUGCCGCCACCAGCUGUAUGUCGCCGCCACGCCGCCGCCCCCGCGUGCUCCUGGCGCUGGUACCACUAUUGCCGCCACACAGCGCUGGAGAUGCGACCGCACUCGCCAGCAGAAUCCUUACGGCGGUGACGGGAGUGGGAGGAGCAGGAGCCGGUGGCGGGGACGGGGAAGGGCCAGCAGGCACAGCGGCGGCUGCAGGUAGGAUCGACAAAAGCAGGCGGCAAGGGUGGUGGCGGCGGCGAUAGUUUUGCUGAGCCCGCAGCAACCGGCACUGGCAGCGGGGGUCCCACAUUCGCGGCGGCGGCGGCGGCGGCGAUGCCUUUGCCUGCAUCAAUCGAGCUCUCCAAGCAACAGCAACAGCAGCAGCAACAGCAGCAACAACAGCAACAGCAGCAGCAACGUUCGCUCCCACCGCAGCCGCCACCGCAGCCGCAGGUGCCAGCAGCAGGUGAGGCGCCGGCGGCGGCGGCGCCGCCGCCGGCGGCGGCACUUGCGGCCGCCAUCGCGCGCGGGCUGACGCCGCCGCCGCUCGGCGUGCUGGGCGGCUUCCCCCGCCCGCUGACGCCGCCGCCGUUGCCGCCGAUGCUGCUCUUCCCUUCCGCCGCCGGCUGCCACGGCGGCGCUGCCGGCGUGGACUCAAGGCUGGGCUCCGCUACGGCAUCGCCAGCGGUGGCGGUGACGGCGGCGGCGGCGGUGGCGGUGGCGGUGGCGGUGGCGGUGGCGGCGGCGGUGGUGGCGGUGGCCGCCUCCGGCGGCGGGCGCUACCUGCCAACGAGCAGUGGUGGCAAUAAUGGUGGUAGCAGCAUCACUGGUAUCGGCAGUGCGCGUCAUGGCAGUGUUAUUAGCGGCGCCUUCGUCACGCCACCACCACUAUCUCAUCGCGCACCGGCGCCAGCAGCAGAAGCUUCAGUGGUGGCGGCGGCGGCGGCGGCAGGGUUGCUGGCGGGGCGCCGCCGCCGUCCCCGUCGCCGCUGGCGCUGCCGCUGGUGUCGGGUGUUGACGGCAGCAUUCAUGCCGGGCGCUGCCGGCGGCGGCAGCGGCGAUGGUGGCAGGGCGUUUUCCGCGCGCCUGUUGCGCGAACAUGAUCUCCAUGCCAGCGGUGGCGGCGUUCGUAACGGUAGCAGCAGCGGCGCCACAUCGCCCAUGGGUGGCGCUGGCGGCGGCCCAAGGAGUGGGCAGCAGAUAUGGGAGGGAGAUGGCAAGCGCCACCGAAACUUGUUUGGCAGCAGCGCAUGCAAACAACAGAAGGCCCAGUUCAGGGCACAGGGACUUAAGGACCCAUCCUACAGUGCAGCCGCUAUUGCCGCAGCUGCAGCUUGCGUGCCGGACCUGGUGAUUGUGCACGCCGUCCACAAUCACCAAGUGCUGUCGCCAGUGCUGUCGCCAGUGCUGUCGCCAGUGCUGUCGCCAGUGCUGUCGCCAGUGCUGUCGCCAUUGGGAGAGUAUGCAGCAGAGUCCUCACUGCUGUCCCCCAUGUCACCGUCACUGCUUUCAUAGCUGCUGCUGUCGCUGUCAGCUGAGUCAACCGAGUCCUCAUCCGUGCCUGAAGCUCCACUGGCGCGCGGCCACAGCAGUGGGCAGCUGCUGUGCAAUAGCGGCGCCAGUCGUGAUAGCUGCCACCCCAUCCGACCCAUUCGGGUCACAGCAGUGGUGCAGGCACGGUCAACGGGACUGCCGUGCCACCGUUGCAGCAGCAGUGGCCGUGCCAGGCCUUGACCAUCACACAUGCACCGGCCACGGCUGCCACCGCUGCCACCCGCGUGCCAGCGGUGCUGCUGCCAGUGCCAGCGGCCACCACCGUGACACCCAUGGGGCUGCAGCACCCGCCCCGGCCCCAGUCGAUUCCCAGCAGUGGUGGCGGUUGUGGGAGCAGUGGUGGCACGUUGGCCACUGCCACUCCUGGCAUGAACACGCCUGGUCCUGGCGCGCCCCUCUGCCAGCGCUUUGACACGCCCACCACAGCGGUGGCCAGGAGCUCGGCAAAUGGCAUCAGGCUUCCCAGUGUGGCGCCGGUGUUGGCGCCCAACAACUCGGGCCUCAACACCGGCGGCGGCAGUGGUGCCAGCUCAGGCCCCAGUGGCGCCAGCGGUGGUGGUGCAGCAGGCGGCGUGGCCGCCGGUGGCUCGGGCCACUGUGUGCCCGGCAGCACAGCGGGCGUCAAACGGCCAGCUGCAGAGCAGGAGCAGGGGCAGGGGCAGGUGCCAGCCGCCAAGCGGCGGGCGCUGAAGGGGUGGCGGCGGCGGCCUGUGCAGGGGAGGUGGCAAGGGCAACAGCGGUGGCAGCGGUGGCAGUGGUGGCAGCGGUGCAUGCAGCAGCGGUGCAGCAGCUGCCAGCAGCAGUGACGGCAGCGGUGCCUACGGUGGUGGUGGUGGUGAUGCCGAUGGUGGUGGCCCUGCUGGCGGUGGUGGCGCCUACGGUGGUGGUGGUGGUGAUGCCGAUGGUGGUGGCCCUGCUUACGGUGGUGGCGCCUACGGUGGUGGUGGUGAUGCCGAUGGUGGUGGCCCUGCUUACUGUGGUGGCACCUACGGUGGUGGUGGUGGCGCCUAUGGUGGUGGUGGUGGUGCCGAUGGUGGUGGCCCUGCUUACGGUGGUGGCGCCUACGGUGGUGGUGGUGGUGCCGAUGGUGGUGGCGUUGCUUACGGUUGUGGCGCCUACGGUGGUGGUGGUGGUGCCGAUGGUGGUGGCGCCUACGGUGGUGCGUAUGGCAAAGGCGAUGCUCACGGUGGUGGUGGCGCCUAUGGUGGUGGUGGUGCCUAUGGCGGUGGUGGCGCCUACGGUGGUGGUGGUGGCGGUGGCGCUGCUAACGGUAGAGAAGAGGAGGAGCUGCCAUCAUGCGGCAGCGAAGAGGAGGAGGAGCUGCCAUCAUGCAAGCGCAAGCGCAAGGAGUGAGGUGUGGGAGCGUGGUUCAGGAUUGGUCUGCUGAGUAGAGGAUGGGAGCAUGGAAUUUUGUGAUUCCUGACCGAAGUGAGGACGAGGCAGGUUUGGCCAGCAGGUGUGUGUGGAGAAGGGAUGCGGUGGUUUCGAGCCCCAGAGUGAGAGGGAGAGGGCCGAGUGUAGACAGGUUUGGGCGUCCUCAGACAGGUUUGGGCUGGUGCAGGCAGGUUUGGGUGUGAGGAGGCAGGUUUGGGCGUGGCUUGACUGACUCUUUUCUUUUAUGUGGGGAUUGGGCGACAGAAAUGGGCAACAGGGACAGAGACAGAGAUAGAGUGCUGCGCGAUGCUUACCCUGGUGCGUGGUAGUGGCCAGUGGUAGCGGCAAGUGAUGGUAGUUGCCAGUGGUUGUGCCAUCAGCAGGACAGGGCAGGACAGGACUGUGGGCGGUGCAGGGUUUUAGUUUGCAGGGUUUGGGUAGGUGUGCGGUGGUGGAUGGUUUGAGUGGCAGAGACCACGAUGGCGUUGCUUUAGAGUGUGGCCGCUCCCGCCAUGAACACGCUGG